GUUGAGACAGAGGGAGAGUCAGGGAUACAAACUUGGGGGGGAAAGAGGACGAGAAUUGUCCGCGUUUCCCCUCAGCAAAUUCGCCCUGACAUCUGUUGAUGGCAUCGCUCCCAGACCCAAAACCAAACAUGUCCAACCUCAAACCCGGCACCAAGAAGGAUACCAAGAUGCGGAUCCGCGCCUUCCCCAUGACUAUGGAUGAGAAGUAUGUCAAUAACAUCUGGGAUCUUCUGAAGAACGCCAUCCAGGAGAUUCAGAGGAAGAACAACAGUGGGCUUAGCUUCGAGGAGCUCUACAGGAAUGCAUACACCAUGGUGUUGCACAAACACGGGGAGAAGCUCUACACAGGCCUAAAGGAGGUGGUCACAGAACAUCUCAUUAACAAAGUACGAGAAGAUGUGCUUCACUCGUUAAACAACAAUUUCCUGCAGACGUUAAAUCAAGCGUGGAAUGAUCACCAAACGGCCAUGGUCAUGAUUAGAGAUAUCUUAAUGUACAUGGACCGUGUGUAUGUUCAGCAAAAUAAUGUGGAUAAUGUCUAUAAUCUUGGCUUGAUCAUCUUCAGAGAUCAGGUGGUGCGGUACGGCUGCAUCAGGGACCACCUCAGACAAACUCUGCUGGACAUGAUCGCUCGAGAACGCAGGGGAGAGGUGGUCGACAGGGGAGCCAUCAGGAAUGCCUGUCAGAUGCUGAUGGUUUUGGGCUUAGAAGGCCGCUCCGUAUACGAGGAGGAUUUUGAAAUCCCAUUCUUAGACAUGUCUGCUGAGUUCUUCCAGAUGGAGAGUCAGAAGUUUCUGGCGGAGAACAGCGCAAGCGUCUACAUCAAGAAAGUGGAGGCUCGGAUAAACGAAGAGAUCGAGCGAGUGAUGCACUGCCUGGAUAAAUCGACUGAGGAGCCCAUCGUGAAGGUGGUGGAGAGAGAGCUCAUCUCCAAACACAUGAAGACCAUCGUAGAGAUGGAGAAUUCGGGGCUGGUCCACAUGCUGAAGAAUGGCAAGACGGAGGACCUGGCGUGCAUGUAUAAGUUGUUUGGUCGGGUUCCGAAUGGGCUAAAGACGAUGUGCGAGUGUAUGAGCUGGUAUUUAAGAGAACAAGGCAAAGCCUUGGUGUCUGAGGAGGGAGAGGGCAAGAACCCUGUUGACUACAUCCAGGGUUUGCUGGACUUGAAGUCGCGUUUCGAUCGGUUCCUGCAGGAAUCCUUCAACAACGACAGGCUCUUCAAACAGACAAUCGCCGGAGACUUUGAGUAUUUCCUCAACCUCAACUCCAGAUCGCCCGAGUACCUCUCACUUUUUAUUGAUGACAAACUCAAGAAAGGAGUAAAGGGGCUGACGGAACAGGAGGUCGAGUCUAUCCUGGAUAAAGCCAUGGUGCUAUUCCGGUUCAUGCAGGAGAAAGACGUGUUUGAGCGUUACUACAAACAGCAUCUGGCUAGAAGACUCCUCACCAACAAGAGCGUCUCAGAUGACUCUGAGAAAAACAUGAUCUCCAAACUAAAGACGGAAUGUGGUUGUCAGUUCACAUCUAAAUUAGAGGGGAUGUUUAGAGACAUGAGCAUCUCUAAUACCACUAUGGACGAGUUCCGCAAUCAUCUGCAGACCUCACAGGUGUCUCUCUGUGGUGUUGAUCUCACAGUGAGAGUUCUGACCACAGGUUAUUGGCCCACGCAGUCGGCCACGCCCAAAUGCAACAUCCCGCCCUCUCCCCGCCAUGCUUUUGAAGUCUUCAGAAGGUUUUAUUUGGCUAAGCACAGUGGCAGGCAGCUCACACUCCAGCACCACAUGGGAUCUGCAGACCUCAACGCCACCUUCUAUGGCCCAAUUAAGAAGGAGGAUGGGUCAGAUGUGGGUGUGGGUGGGGCUUUGCUAACAGGCUCAAACACACGGAAGCACAUUCUUCAGGUGUCCACUUUCCAGAUGACUAUCCUCAUGCUCUUCAACAACAGAGAUAAGUUCACCUUUGAGGAGAUCCAGCAGGAGACUGAUAUCCCUGAGCGUGAAUUGGUCCGGGCUCUGCAGUCUCUCGCCUGCGGAAAACCCACCCAGCGAGUUCUCACGAAAGAGCCCAAGAGUAAAGAGAUAGAAAAUGGCCAUGUGCUUACAGUCAAUGACCAGUUUACCUCCAAACUGCACAGAGUCAAAAUACAAACAGUUGCUGCUAAACAAGGCGAGUCAGACCCAGAGCGAAAAGAGACACGGCAGAAAGUGGACGACGACAGGAAGCAUGAAAUCGAGGCUGCCAUUGUACGCAUUAUGAAGUCACGGAAAAAGAUGCAGCACAACGUACUGGUAGCAGAGGUGACCCAACAGCUGAGGGCACGGUUCCUGCCGAGCCCUGUGGUAAUUAAAAAACGCAUUGAAGGACUUAUAGAAAGAGAAUAUUUGGCUCGGACGCCAGAGGAUCGCAAAGUCUACACAUACGUUGCGUAGUGGAUCACCUCGCUGAACAAGGAGACGAACGUAAGAAAAGGAAAAAUAAAAGAUUCUGGACUGCUGAUUGCAUGGACUUGGAAGUUCCUUUUUAAAAAAACACAAAAAAAGAUGAACUCUGGGUAGCGGACAUUAUUAUUAAAAGCAAACCAAGAAAUCAUAAAGCAUACAAUCUGAAAAUAAUCAGGAAAUAAAAUGAAUCCAUUAUGUGUUGUAGAUUAUUUUUAAUUAGACCACUCCCACUCUUUUGAGAAUCUCUGCUAUGAAUGGAUCCAGCUUCAAUCUCUUCACUGUUUUACCCUCGUAGAGAUCAAUGGAAAAGAAUCCCAUGGGAAAAUGUGAAUGCACUGCACAUUGUUGUUGUUUUUUUUUUCUUUUUCAAUACUCAAGGCAGAUUUAUUAAAAACCCUAACAAAACCGUAAAAACAUGGCUACAGGAUUUAGACAAAAAAAAUUUAAAUAAAAAAAUGUUGAUAUUGAGCCUUUUGCCACUUUCUUGAUUCAAUCAUUGUUGCCUUGGUGAAGUCAAGGCAUGGAGGCUGAACA